AGUAAAUUAUUUUCAGAGACAUCGCUGAUACGUUCAUUAGCCUACAAGGUGGCCAGACUCUUCAAAUAUCCAAUUUUUGUACGGUGAAAUGAUAAAAAAAGGAACAUUUAACCGGCAUAGCUAACCGCAGAGAUAAAUAUGUAGCUUUAAUAUGAAAUGCAUUGAUUCAUAGGGUAUGUCGAGUGCGUCAAGAAGCCCAGGCAAAGCAACACUUGUUGGGUCGCUGCGGUGGUUAGAAAACACGAACAGCGCCACACAAACCUCGCAUCAAUAUUUUAACAACUGCAAACCUUUAAAAAAAGAAGACGAAAUUGUGAUGCCCAGGUGGAUAGAGGUGCAGUUGCCAAUUGAUGACUGGAGGUGUCAGCUGGUGUCCAAGGACGAACACAUCUGCCGAGACGCUAAGACUUGAGGAAGCCGCCGCUCUUCACCUCACGCUCUUCAAACUAGUUUUUCGCGUUUUGAGCCUAAGAAAUCAGACUUGCUUCGUUUUUAUUACUUUUUGUUCACUGCGUACGUCGGUAUGGGAUCGAAUGAGUACGGUGAGAUUUGUGUGUAGAACUGUAAUAUCUACUAUAAGUGUGUGAGGCGGCGACAAAGGUGUGACUUUCACUGUGAGACUUGAAGUUGUUAGCCGCUUCGUCUGCAGAGGUGGAUGUAGAUACGGCUUUUCUUUCACAGUUUUUAACGUAUGGAUAUUUGUGAAGAUUCUGAACACUCUUCUCUGCUUCUUUUUAAUUCGUCGGGACACACACAAGUGACCAUGGGGGACCAGAACGGAAAUGCCAUCUUGUCCAUUAUUUUUGGGACCAUAUGUUUUUUGGGCAUCAUUGGAAAUUCUAUUGUCAUCUACACCAUCAUUAAAAAGACCAAAUGCCAGGCUAAACAAACGGUGCCAGACAUCUUCAUAUUCAGUCUCUCUAUUGUGGAUCUGCUUUUCCUCCUCGGCAUGCCCUUUCUCAUUCAUCAGCUCCUGGGCAACGGAUCUUGGUGUUUCGGAGCCGCUAUGUGCAAAGUCAUCUCUGCCCUAGAUUCGAACAGCCAGACGGUGAGCACCUACAUCCUCACAGUCAUGACUUUGGACCGCUACGUGGCUACCGUCCAUCCGUUCCGCUUUAACCACGUCCGGACCACCUGUGUCGCCGGUGGUGUGGUGGGCAUGGUGUGGGUGCUUUCUCUCGUCUCCAUUACCCCCGUCUUAAUGUACACUGGCUUGAUGCCGCUCCAUAACGGCGAGGUGGGAUGCGCUCUCCUGCUCCCAAAUCCAUCCAUCAACAUCUGCUGGUUCACUAUUUAUCAGUUUCUGCUGGCGUUCGCCCUUCCGCUCUUGAUCAUCUGCGUGGUGUUCUUUAAAAUCCUGAAGCACAUGUCUACCUCGGUGGCACCUCUUCCUCCGAGGAACCAGCAAGUGCGCACUAAAAGUGUGACUCGGAUGGCUGUGGCCAUCUGUUUGGCUUUUUUCGUCUGUUGGGCUCCAUACUACAUCCUUCAGCUUGUCCAUCUGGGAAUACAGAAACCCAGCGCCUCGUUCUAUUAUGUGUAUCAUGUUGCUAUUAGCAUGGGUUACGCUAACAGCUGCAUCAACCCUUUUCUUUAUAUAAUACUGAGUAAGACUUUUAAACGGCGGUUUAUAGUGGCUAUUCAGCCUGCGCACAAUCACUUUCGGCUCAAUCCGAGCAGCACAGAGGCCACUGUGUCCCUCCGUCUGACCGCAGACUGCCAAAGACACGUUCCCUCUAACGCCUCAGAGUAAUGUACUGAUCUGUACACAAACUCAUUUUAAGGAUACAGACUACAGUGAGAGUGUUUCUUGGUCCAGUUGCAUACAAGCAAGGGAAUAACAAGCACGACAGAAUGACUGGCAGUCAGGUAGAAGUGAAGACUCUUUGAGCAGCUGCGCUCCUGCAUGCUGACAGAUGACACCGGGAGAACACAAAACAAAGCUGCCUGUCACUAAAACAGCAUUCGGCUUCUUUACUGUACAUAACGCUGAUUAAAGGAAAUAAAAGAACCAUUAAAAAAGAAAGGAAAAAGCUAAGUGAUGCAUAUAUUCGUAACCUCAGUGUUGUGUGCGCAUUUGCAUUUACAUCAUGUAUUCGAAUUUUGCUUUUAUACAUCGUCUUAUAAACAUGACCAUGUUUACUGGAACAAAAAAAAACAACAACGACUGAAUGCAAAGAACCAAAGAACGAAAACUUGUGGUAGUAAAAAUGCACUUGUAUAUGACACUCACAUGUCCGGCCUGCACAUAAUAUGCGGUUUUCACGUGCAUGCGAUACAAAAUGUGUUGGUGUUCAUAUGAUACCACAAACCUAAUCCUAACCAUCGCAUAGCAUAGCAUUUUAUUGCAUAUCAAUACCGCGAGUUUUCGUUUUUACUUGUCUUGAUAUUUACACGCAUUUUGAGAUGUGUACAAGUGAAAUUUUGCACCGUGUUAUUUGAUUCACUGAAAUAUUGAAAUUAUGUAGGUUUUUUAAAAAUAUUUUUUAGUUACGUGUUGAGUAUUGUUACUGUGCUUGAAAUUGUAUAGUGAUUGUUGGUUUGGUAGACAUCCCUCGGUAUGUGAGAGUCAAAAGUAAGUCACACA